CAUCACUUCUUCUCCUUCCCAACUCACUCCCUCUCGCCGCCCGCCAUACUUGUUACCUCCGAGAUGUCUUCUUCAGACAUCAAGAUCAGACCAAUCUCGGAACCGCCGGCCUAUCUCACUCCAGAGCAGCACGAGGCCGCGACAAGUACCACGCCCGACUCCUUCUCGAACAUUUCGCCAAAGCUCGUUCUUGGACUGGAGCAAGUGACAAUACACGCCGAGCCGAGCUUGGCUGGAAUUCUAAAUGGAAGUGGACGUUUCUGGGUGACAGAAGAAUCUGUAUCCUACCUACCCUCUUCCUCUCAAGGCUUCUCCCUUCCCUAUCCUCUGAUCGCUCUUCACGCAGUGUCCUCAACUUUACCUGCAGCGCUCAGCUCGACUGGGCAGACGCAGUGUAUUUACUGCCAGAUUGAUGAUGCAGGGGCUGAGCUGCAAGAUGGCCAGACUGAAGACGAGGAUGGAGUCGAGGAAGAGAUGGGUUUGAGGGAAAUGUGGAUCGUUCCUAGCAGAAGUGAAGAUGUCGAGCCGCUGUUCCUCGCACUAUCCCACUGCGCCUCUCUCCACCCUUCAACAUCAGACGGCGACGACGAUGGCAACCCCUUUGCUAGCAUGGGUCCCUUUGGUACCGGAGCAAACGGCAGUGAAGGAGGCUUGCAGUUCGAAGAUGCAGAAGAAGAGGGAGGAGCAGAGUUGAGUGAUACAGGCAGGUUUCAGCUUGCUAGGUUAGAUGCUAUGCUAGGGGGCGACAGCGAUGAGGACGAAGAAGAGCGGACUUCCUCGUUCGCUCGUGCGUCAAGCCCGGAGCUAGGCCAAGCCUCAGUAGUUGAAGGGUCGCAAGAGACUACCAAUGCUCUUCUUCUCGUAUCUCAUCCUCAACCUUUGCCAUCUCUCUUCUCUGCGCCGCUCCUCCAAUCCCUUCUCGCACUGUUGGACGCCUAUGCGCCAGUCGUCGGAUGGGAUCCUCACCCAGAUGAAGGCCGCAUGAGGGUCGUCUUCGAUGACCGAGUUGGCUCGAGCGAGAACCGGAAGGCUACGAGUGGCUCUGCCGACUCACCCAUCAGCCGCAUCAUUCAGACUUUGAAUGGGCUAGCGCUAGAGACGACCGAGGAGCAUCAAGGUCCCGACCCUACACUAGUCGUAGAGCGACUACCUCGGGUUGACAUUACGUCACUCCUCCCAUCGCAACUUUCGGGCGGACUGCCGUCAAUUGCGGUGCCCGCCACUACUUUGCACUCGACUUCGACAUUCCACCCGACAGACCAUCUUCUCCCUCCUAUUACGGAUCGAAACUUCCUUAUCUCACCACCAGGCUCCCCUCCUAUCGGCUGGGAACCUAUCAAGGAGGAUCCACCCAACAGAGAGACGCUAGCGGUGGACCUAAUGGAGGCUUUGAGGAAGCUUGGCAGAGAAAUGGGCGCCGACGAAGCGGCUGACGACGACCAGGAAGGAGAAAGGGCAGCAGAGGCAGAGGCGAAUGACUCCAAAGGGCGCCGUUCGGCUGGACCAGGUCACGUGCACGUCGUCUUGCCCGCUACCCAUCGUCGGCUUCCCUCCCUUGCAGGAGAUGAAAGCCCACUCAUCCCGGCCGUGACAGUUCAGGCGUACGACGAUGAUGAGGCAGGUGAAAAUGUAAGUGCGAACAAGAGUAAGCCUGAUAUCACACAGGUCAAGGCGACGGUCGAUGCUCUGCGAGGUCCUUCGGAAGGGUAUGGCGAGGGCUUGGGGCUAGGAGGUGGCAACAGGAUCACACCGACCGGGAGACCACCUCUUGCCUAGUUGCUGGCAUGUCCGUCUUUCUUCAUACAUAGACCGUGUUUGUCACCCGUCCGCCAUUGUCUUCAAUUUCAGAUGUCUAUAUUGAGUCCGAACACAUUACAGCUUGCAACCAAUCCAAAUGGUGGCGAUGCCUCCAGUCAAAUCCUCCCACUCGCCCUGCCCGCUGCCACCCCACUCCUCUCCAUCCAGUCCCUCUUGCCUCAAUCUCCUCUCCCCCUCUUCACUACCCGGAAGGACAAAGCCGACCUUCUUCAUCAUAUUGGCAAACUGCUGCUGCGUGGGGAAUCUCUCGAUGGACUCUACGAGGUAUUGGUAGGAGUCACGAUCGGAGGCAAGGAUGUGACCGAGGGAGGGGAGGACCUGGAAGGAGUAUUGCUUGUAGAUU